AUAAAAUAACCAUAUAAAUGUGGUGUUCAUUUCACAACACAACACAAAGUGAGUAACGUAACCAUGAGGGAAAUAUUGCACGUCCAAGGAGGACAAUGCGGUAACCAAAUCGGUUCCAAGUUCUGGGAAGUCAUAUGCGACGAGCACGGCAUCGACCCCACCGGGACGUUCGUGGGCGACGCCGCAUCCGAUCUCCAACUCGAGAGGAUCAACGUCUACUACAAUGAGGCCUCCGGCGGAAGGUACGUUCCACGGGCCGUCCUCAUGGAUCUCGAGCCCGGCACCAUGGACAGCAUCAGAUCCGGCCCAUACGGCAAGAUCUUCAGGCCCGAUAACUUCGUCUUCGGCCAGUCCGGCGCUGGAAACAAUUGGGCCAAAGGCCACUACACCGAAGGCGCCGAGUUAAUCGAUUCCGUUCUCGACGUCGUUCGCAAAGAGGCCGAAAACUGUGACUGCUUGCAAGGUUUUCAAGUGUGUCACUCUCUUGGAGGUGGCACGGGUUCUGGUAUGGGAACACUCUUGAUAUCGAAGAUCAGGGAGGAGUACCCGGACAGGAUGAUGCUCACUUUCUCUGUUUUUCCUUCUCCAAAGGUCUCUGACACGGUUGUGGAGCCCUACAAUGCUACUUUAUCAGUGCACCAACUAGUAGAGAAUGCAGAUGAGUGCAUGGUUCUUGACAACGAAGCACUCUAUGACAUUUGCUUCAGAACCUUAAAACUCACCACUCCUAGUUUUGGUGAUCUGAACCACCUGAUAUCUGCAACCAUGAGUGGUGUGACAUGUUGCUUGAGGUUCCCUGGACAACUAAACUCUGAUCUGAGGAAGCUAGCUGUGAAUCUGAUCCCAUUCCCACGUCUCCACUUCUUCAUGGUGGGGUUUGCACCUCUCACCUCACGUGGCUCUCAGCAGUACGUGUCCCUCACUGUCCCCGAACUCACCCAGCAAAUGUGGGACGCCAAGAACAUGAUGUGCGCCGCCGAUCCCCGCCACGGCCGUUACUUAACGGCGUCGGCGAUGUUCAGGGGAAAGAUGAGCACCAAAGAGGUGGACGAACAGAUGAUCAACGUGCAGAACAAGAACUCAUCGUACUUUGUCGAGUGGAUUCCCAACAACGUGAAGUCAAGCGUGUGCGACAUCCCUCCCAGGAAUCUGAAGAUGUCGUGCACUUUCAUCGGUAACUCGACCUCAAUUCAGGAAAUGUUCAGAAGAGUGAGUGAGCAGUUCACUGCAAUGUACAGGCGCAAGGCCUUCUUGCACUGGUACACUGGUGAAGGAAUGGACGAGAUGGAGUUCACUGAGGCAGAGAGCAACAUGAACGAUUUGGUGGCAGAGUACCAGCAAUAUCAGGACGCAACGGCUGAAGAGGAUGAGUACGAUGAGGGGGAGGACGAGGAGCAUGUUUACGAGGAGCAGUAGUUGAAUCUCCACCAACUUUCGUAAUCGGUUUUUCUGUCCACGUACGUUCUUGGUUUACUACAUUUGUUGCUAGUCAUGUAUCUACGCCUAUUUGUACUAGUUCCAUUCUCCUUAUAUUUUCGUCUCCCUUUCUGAGUUCUAAGCCUAUUACUUUUGAAUUGUUUUCUAUGUGCCUUGCAGACCAUAUUAUUGAUUGUUCUAUACUUUGUGUAAGUGUAUGAAUAAGAAAAGGUUGACUUCUAGAAUUCUA